AUGCACAAAUCCUUUUAUGAAUGUUUCAGAUCAAUUAGCGAUAACUCUUUGACACAACAUACAGAAGAGAUCAAUGAAGCAAAUGCGUACUUGCUGCAGCUAAAAGAAGAAGAUCCGCAGACUUAUGUAUUCAAUUUAAUCGAGAUCAUUGAGACAGAGGAGAUUCAAGUCAAAUCGAGACUUAAUGCAAUCAAGAUGUUAUCAGUACCUCUUAAACGUGUUUCUGGAAAAAUAAGAAGAAUUCCAGAAGGUUUAGAUCCACAAACUUUUGCAACUCCUGUUUUUACAACACUCAUUAAGUAUUUAUCAAGUACAAUACCAGAAAUGGAUGCAGCUGCUGCCGAUUCUUUUAUCAUAUUCCUUAAUGUUGUUCCGAUUGAUUUUGCAAACGCAGUUAUCGGUGAAUUACUUUCUAGAAUCACUCCACAGUCACCUACAAAGUUUGUUACACGAGUUCUUCAGGUUAUGAGUGAAGCAAACGUUACAGGUUUUCCUUUAGAAAUACGAAUUCAAAUGAUCGAGAAUUUGAUCCAAAUUUUCUCAUCACUUGAAACUAACGAUGAUUCUAUUCAUUAUUUACUACUUACUGUCGAAAGAUUGAUCCAUUAUACAGAUUUACACGAAGCAUCUCAAGAAUUCUUAGUUGCGAUUAUUAAUUUAGUCUGGAACAACGCUAUGGACUUUCCUUCUGAAUCAUCAAAGCUAUUUACUUCAAUUUGCUUCUCUUUACCUGAAAUUUUUCAUCUUUUUCCAGAAUGUUACGAAAAAUACAUGUUUGUGAUGACUUCGAGCAUAACAAUGUGGCCAUUUUUAAAUUUAAAUCUUUCGUUUAUGCUUUCUGAUAUUUCAAAUACGAUUCUUCAAGAAAAUUGGCAAGCAAUUCUUGAAUUCUGCAUUGCAAUAUUAGUUUCAGAUAAUUCGACAGAUCCACUUGAUACAGAUGAGAUAUUUACAGAAAGUAACAAGAUUUUGGCCGCAAUUUCAAUGACAGAAAUGAUUAUUGAAAAUCAAUUCGAUAAUUGCUAUCCGUUGUGCAUGGAAUACAUCUCUAACAAUAUAAAAUCAGAGGAACCGCAAGCAAGAUUCGUUUGCGCCGUUUUUUCUCUGAAAAUUUCUGAAAAAUUAUUAGAUGAAAGCCGUGCAUCAGAAAUUACAGAUGAAAUCAUCGAAACAAGGAACCAAAUACUCUUUGAGCUAUUAGAUGAUGAUUCUCCAAGAGUUUUACAGCAAGCUUUGCUAGAAGCAACAUUUUUGAUCGAAUCCGAGCAAUUAGAACCAAGCAAUGCACUCUUCCAAUUCGCUCUUACAGUUCUACAGUCCGAAAAACCUGCUUUGAGUGAUUGUUCCCAACAAUUAUUAUCGGCCAUCGCAAAUUCGGGCCAAGAGGGUGCUGUUGAGCUUGUAUCCCAGCAGAUGCUUCAGAUUAUUACAGAAUCUCAGCAAGUUGAGCUUGUUUCGGAGUCAUUCCGAGUAUUGACUUCAAUUGCAGCGACACUCGACCAACAGUCCGCUCUUAAUCUCAUUGAGGGCAUCCUCGAAUACGCCAACGCCAUUCUGAACUCAAAUAUCCCCACAAUUUCCCCAUGUAUCGGUUAUUUGAGCCAAUUGAUAAAAUCGGCCCAGCAGAGCUGCGAUGUAUACAGCGACCAAAUAAACGCUCUGGCCAUGGCUCUGAUUGAAAAUGGCUGCGACGAUGACGGUUAUUUGUUAUUAGCCUCAAUGGUUGAUGUUUUCGGGCAAUCGGUCAUGCCAAUAAUACAAGACUGCUUAGAUAUUGUCAUAAACUGCAUUGCAACGGCCAACAACAAUGCAAAUUUGAUCGCAAUUUUAAGAAUUGUCGAAUCAGUCUGCGGAUACAUACAAGAUGAGAAGAAUCUGAGCAUCAUUGUCGAAAGCUGCGUAGAACAUCUCACUACAGAACUGUUUAAUACCCAAGCAAAACUAAAAAUCAUCCCAGUUCUUGCAAAAAUCUCAAAUCAGAAUCCAGGAGUUAUAGCAGACCAUACACAAGAGAUCCUACGCUCAAUCAAGCUUGUUUUACCUUAUAUUGUUAAUAAUUAUGAUUCAUCCAUGAAUUUCACUUUUGUUUUAGCGAAUGCGAUGCCUGAUAACUGCGAAGAUAUCGAUCUACUCAAUAUCUUGCUACAGCAACUAAGAUCUGUAUCCAGAAAAGCAACAAAAUUUGCAACUGAUAAAAAGACACUCGCAAUGACCAUUCUCAACUUGCUACAACAAAAAGUGCCCCAUAAAUUGUCAAUUGCUCAGUUCACAAUGUCCUCUGUUUUGUAUGCAAACCUUGAAAAAAUUGUUGGUCCAGAAAACGUCGAAGCUCUUCAUCAGAUACUUCCAAAGUAUCAACCUGAAGAACCAACAGAGUAA